AUGUUGUCGGGGUUGCUGAAGGAGAAAUACACGUUACAUGGGCUGAGACCCCAAAUUGUGCAAGCACCCAAGGACUGGGAGUCAGAGAUUUUAAAGGAGUGCCCGGUGUUCGAGCCUACCUAGGCCGAAUUUUGAGACCUGCUUGGAUACAUUGCGAAAAUCAGGCCCAUCACCGAAAAGUCGGGUAUUUGCAAGAUCCGCCCGCCCGCCUGCCCGAGGUAAGACUGGCAGCCUCCCUUUGCAGUAGAAGUUGACAACUUCAGAUUUACUCCUAGAAUCCAGAGGCUAAAUGAACUAGAGGCUCAGACCAGAGUAAAACUGAACUAUUUGGAUCAAAUUGCAAAAUUCUUGGAAUUCCAGGGUUCUUCAUUAAAAAUUCCCGAUGUGGAGCAGAAGAUCUUGGACCUCUAUAACCUUAAUAAGAUUGUGAUGGAGGAAGGUGGCUAAGCAGCUAUUUGCAAGGACUGUGGAUGGGCCCAAGUUGCCCAGCGCCUCAAAUUCCCACCAGGCAAAAACAUUGGAUCCCUGCUAAGAUCUCACUAUGAACGCAUCAUUUACCCCUAUGAAAUGUUUCAGUCUGGAGCCAGCCUUGUGCAGUGUAAUACUCAUCAAGUUGACAGUGAGGAAAAAGACAAGGUAUACAGACCCCACAGCAUUUCCCUUAGACAGUCUGUGAAGCCUUCCAAGUUUAGCAGCUACAGUUGCCGGGGGAAAAGACUACAGCCUGAUCCUGUGCCCACAGAGGAGGAUAUUGAGAAGAAUCCAGCAUUGAAGAAGCUACAGAUCUAUGGGGCAGGUCCCAAGAUGAAGGGCUUGGGCCUCAUGGCCAAGAAUAAGACUUUAAGGAAGAAAGACAUCAUAUACACCCACACUGUUAUGAUAAAGGAGGAACCAAGAGGAGAUGGGUAAGUGAUAUCAACAUUGUCCAAGAAGGACUUGAGUCAAAGCUUAGAGCCCUGCACCAACAUGACAAUGCGGCUACGAAAGAAUCACAGCAGUACCCAGUUUAUUGAUUCACAUGUUUGCCAGAUGUGUUCCCAAGGGGAUGAAGAUGAUAAACUUCUUUUCUGUGAUGGCUGUGAUGACAAUUAUCACAUCUUCUUCCUAUUGCCAUCUCUUCCUGAAAUUUCCAGAGGGAUUUGAAGGUGUCCAAAGUGUGUCAUGGCAGAGUGUACAAAGCCCGCUGAAGCCUUUGGCUUUGAGCAGGCUACUCAGGAGUAUACUUUGCAGAGCUUUGGUGAAAUGGCUGAUUCCUUCAAGGCCAACUACUUCAACAUGCCUGCACAUAUGGUACGUACAGAACUUGUGGAAAAGGAAUUCUGGAGGUUGCUGAGCAGCGUUGAGAAAGAUGUUACGGUUGAAUAUGGAGCAGACAUUCAUUCCAAAGAAUUUGGAAGUGGUUUUCCUGUCAGCAGUAGCAAAGGAAACCUGUCCCCUGAGGAUGAGUAUGUGACCAGUGGUUGGAACCUGAAUGUAAUGCCAGUGCUGGAUCAGUUUCUUUGCCAUAUCAUUGCAGACAUCUCAGGCAUGAAGGUUCCCUGGUUGUAUGUUGGCAUGGUUCUCUGAGCAUUUUGUUGGCAUAUUGAGGAUCACUGGAGUUACUCCAUCAACUACCUACACUGAGGCAAGCCAAAGACCUGGUAUGGGGUGCCCUCAUUGGCAGCAGAACAUUUGGAGGAGGUGAUGAAGAGGUUGACACCUGAGUUGUUUGAUAGCCGGACUGACAUUCUACAUCAACUUGUUACCCUGAUGAAUCCCAAUACCCUCAUGGCCUAUGGUGUUCCUGUUGUUCACACAAACCAGUGUGCAGGAGAAUUUGUUAUUAUUUUCCCUCGGGCUUACCACAGUGGUUUUAACCAAGGCUACAACUUUGCUGAGGCUGUCAACUUUUGCACUGCUGACUGGCUACCAGCUGGACGCCAAUGUAUUGAACACUACUGCCAGCUCCAGUGCUACUGUGUCUUCUCCCAUGGGAAGCUCAUCUGUAAGAUGGCUGCCUUUCCAGAGAAGUUGGACCUGAAUCUGGCUAGGGCUGUGCACAAGGAGAUGUUCAUAAUGGUGCAGGAGGAGCGACGUUUACGAAAGGCUUUGUGGGAGAAGGUGGGUGGAUAUCGGUACACCUUGGAUGAGCUACUCAUUAUCUUACAUAAUCUGAAGAUUCCAGCUGAGUCCUGUGACUCCUGGGCAAACAAAGUACGAAUGGCCUUGGCGGUAGAGAAUGGCCAGAAGUGCUUUGAAGAGCUAAGGGAAUUGGAGUCUGAGGCCCAUGAGAAAUGCUUUUCUAACAGUGAGCUGUUUCAACGCCUGAAGAACUGCCUGGAUGAAGCAGAAGCUUGUAUUACCCAAGUCCUGCAGCUGGUCAGUGGCCAAGAGGCUAGGAUUGAAACUCCACAGCUGACCCUGACAACGCUCCACAUCCUUCUUGAGCAAAUGGGCAGCCUGCCCUGUGCUAUGGAUGAGAUUGGGGCUGUCAAGAUAUCCUGGAACAAGUGGAGGUCUAUCCUCACUGCCCCCCAUCUAGGGCUAUUGUGAUCGCUGUUAGAGAGGGGGCAACAGCUGGGUGUUAAGGUGCCUGAAGCCCAUCAGCUCCAGCAGCAGGUGGAACAGGCAUGAUGGCUAGAUGAAGUGAAGCAAGCAGUGGCCCCUUCAGCUCAAAGGGGCUCUCUGGUUAUCAUGCAGGGGCUGUUGGUUAGGGUUGUCAAGGUAGCCUCCAGCCCUUCUGUGGACAAGACCCAGGCUGAGCUUCAGGAGCUGCUGACCAUUGCAGAGCGCUGGGAAGAAAAAGCCCAUUUUUGCCUGGAAGCCAGCCAGAAAUAUAGACCAGCUACACUGGAACCCAUAAUUCAUGAGGCAGAAAACAUCCCUGGUCACCUACCUAACAUUGAGGUCAAACAAGUGCUGACUAAGGCACAGGCAUGGAUAGCUGAUGUGGAUGAGAUCCAAAAUGGUGACCACUAUCCUUGCCUGUAUGACUUGGGGGGGCUAGUGGCUAUUGGCCGGGACUUCCCUGUGUGUCUUGAGAAGCCGAGACAGCUAGAGCAGCAGGUACUGAUAGCACACUCCUGGAGAAAGAAGGCCUUCAAGACCUUCCUGAAGAAGAAUACAAGUUAUACAUUGCUGGAGAUAAGACCUCAGGUGCUUUGCCCAUGUGCAAAUUUGAGCUCAGAUAGCACCAGGCGCAACCAGUACAAAGAGCUUCGAUUAUGUCAGUCUGACACAGUGCUGCUGGGAUUGUCUGCACAGGACCUCAGGGAUCCAGGCUUUGUGACUGUGGCUUUCAAGAUGGGGGAACAGAAGGAGAAGGAGGGUAUCCUGCAGCUGCGACACACCAACUCCGCCAAGCCUGGCCGACUAGCAUCAUCAACCACAGCAUCCUUUGCAACCUCCAUCUGUCUGUGUGGUCAGGUGCCAGCUGGGGUGGGAGCUAUAUAAUGUUACCUGUGUCAAGACUGGUUCCAUGGGCAAUGUGUGCCGGUACCCCGCCUCCUCAGCUCCUUGAGGGCCAGCUCCACCUCAUCCCCACUGCUGGCCUGGUGGGAAUGAAACAUCAAAUUGUGUCCAUUGUGCAUGUGCUCAUGGCGCCCAUGCCUGGAGACUGUCUUGGCACUGCUAGUAGGUCUGAAGAAACUGCCUGUGCGGCUGCCUGAGGGUGAGUCCCUUCAGUGCCUCACAGAGAGAGCCAUUGUCUGGCAAGGCCAUGCCAGACAGGCUCUGGCUUCUGAAAAUGUGACGAUUCUGUUGGGAAGACUCUCUGAAGUUCGUCAACAGCUACAGGCUGAACACAGGUUCAAGGAGUCCCUUACCCAUCCUUCAGUCCCCACCUCUGGGCCUGUCAAAGAAGUCAGUGGCAAGGAUAUACCUAAGGUUCAAAGGUUGCCAGAGAAUAGAGAUAGCAUGACCAGUCCUGAGAAGGUAGCCUUAGCACAGGGCUUAAGGAAAACAGACCUGGGGCUACUAUCCUCACUAUUGCCACAGUUCAUUGGCCCCAUAUUGGAGCUGCCUGAGGAGACCCAGGCCCCACUGGAGGAGCUCAUGCUGGAGGGGGAUCUUCUUGAGGUGAGACUGGAUGAACACAAUAGCAUCUGGCAAUUGUUUCAGGCUGGGCAGCCUCCAGACCUUAAAUGGAUUCAUACACUUUUAGAGGUGGAGAAGCUUGAGCAUCAAGGAAGUUUGACAAGGGUCCAGACAUAACAGAAGCUACAACAGCAGCAGCAGAAAAUAAAUCUGGGUAGAAAGAGUCAGGAUCUUGUUCAAGAAGAGGUAGAGAAAAAAAAGCCCCAGUGCUCAAGAAGUAAGCCUGAGGAAGUUCAAGAGGAGAAAGGAUAUGAAGAGGAAGCAGAUCAUGAUAAUAUACUCCUGACACAUUCUACAGACCAUAGUCACAUAAUGAACAGGAACCAAAAUAACUUAGGACAAAAGGAUUCAGUUCCCACAACCUCUUUUCCUUCUGUAACUCCUUUGCUAUUCUUGUACCCUCAGCAGCAAGAGUUGUGA